AUGCUCACCGACGGGGCACUCACCGGGUCGUCUUUUGCUGCACGGGCCGUGCAGCGCCGCUGUAUUGUCGUCGAAACGAACGAGACGCCCAACCCAGACUGCAUGCGCUUCUUUUCCAUGGACCUCUCGUUUCUAAAGCCAGAGUUCUCCAUGGACAUCACCUCGCCCGCGCAGGCGUACAAGUCGCCGCUGGCUGAGGCCCUCUUCGGCGUGGCAGGGGUGCAGGCCGUCUUCCUGGCCGAUGAGUAUGUGACGGUACGCAAGCAUCCACAAGCCGACUGGGCCGCCUUAAUUCCCAUCAUCAAGGAGGUGAUCGUUGAGUUUGCAGAGAGCAAGGAAAAUGUGCUCUCCGCGGCUGGUGAAGAGGAGCUGUUGGGGUACAACAACGACACUGAACCGGAUGAGGAUGAUGACGAGGUUGUGCUGGCCGUUAAGGAGCUACUGGCGACGCGCAUCCGGCCGAUGCUGCGCGCUGAUGGUGGCAACGUUCGCUUCAUCGACAUGGAUGAGGGCACCGUGUUCCUCCUUCUGGAAGGGUCGUGCAAGUCGUGUCCGUCGUCGCACAUCACCCUAAAGAGCGGCAUUGAGCGAAUGCUGAUGCACUGGAUUCCGGAGGUGGUGGAGGCGCAGGAGGUGAGCGAUGAGGUGGCCGCGGACAUUUUGUCUGAGAAGCAGCUGCGCAAGCAGCUAAAGGAGAAGGGCGAGGUGGUGGAGGCGAAGUAA